AGGGAGCGAGGGCCUGUUGACGUUGCUGGUGUUUGGCUCCACGGCCAUAAUAGGACUUGUUGUUGCAUGUGAAUAUCGAUCCCGCAGGGAGGGAGAGAGGGAGAGUCCACCCUCCGAGCCCGAAGAGCCCCGGCUCACACGCACACGCUCGACGAUGAAGAUGGCCGCCGGGUCGCUGUUGCUGGUUUGUGCCGUGGUCCUGUGCUCGGUCCGGGCCCAGGACGCUUACGACCAGCUGCCCGACGACUACAAGAAGGGGGUGGAUCUGGCGCUGGAGCUUCUCGAAACGCACGCCGGCGUGAACCACCGCUAUCGCUUCCUGAGGAGCCUGGAGAAGUCGGACACCGAGUCUGGAUUCGGAGUGAAAUACCUCUACCACCACUUUUUCCUGAAACCCACCACGUGUGCCAGGGGCACGCCGGCGUCCAGCCCUCAGACGUGCCCCUUCAGGAACGACAGACCGAUGAUUGACUGUGCGGUUUGCUACAAAACGUCCGCGGACCAGAUUGAAUCGAGGCCCAAGCCGUAUGUCCACUGCAUCCAGAGGCCGAGACUCUCACCGGAAAUGAGGACAACCAGGACGCAGCACUGCAAGAAAAUGAGCUACAACAGCGGAGCUCCAACGCUGCUGGCUCAGACUGGGAAACAUUAAAUAUCACCUAUUACGAAGCAGCCAAAGAAUCUGCACCUAGCAUGUUGCAUGCUUCUUUCACCAUAGUGACGUAAAGUUGAAAUGCAGAUUUCUCGUCAACGCUUCACAAAUAAUAUGAAAAUACAAACGCAGCAGAUUUUCACCUGCAAAAUGUCUGUUCACGUCGUCUUAAAAUAACGCUUGUGAUUCACUCUCGCUUUGAGCUCCUCUAUGCUGUGACAAAUGAGUUAACCUUUGCUUGGUGUGGAAUAAAAAAAACAAUCAUCUUGUGUGUAGA